ACCUUAACAAAUAUAUCGCAUUAUGCAUAUAUCGCAUAUAUGGACCUUAUGGCCACAUUUAUACUUUAGUUGUGUUAAAUAAUGUGUUGUGCACUCGCUGCAAAGCUGAAGACGAGCAAUGUUUUGUUUGUUUCCCCCACCUCAUUUGCCUGCAUCUUAUAGGCACUGCGCCUCAUCGAGGCAGAGUCGAAGCUCGCUACAGCCGCCACAUUAUCAUGCGUCCCCCCUCGAUCCUCAGUUUACUACUGCACUUGCAGUUAACGUGGGAGAGCAGUGCUUUCCAGGACUUCAUCAGGCAACGGAACACAGAGUUCGCUCUCAACCUUUACCAGCAGUUUACUGACGCUGAAGAGAAGAGCAACCUCAUCAUAUCGCCAGCGGGUGUCACGUUUGCAUUGGGGCUACUGCAAUUGGGAGCCAAAGGAGAGACUUCCGCGCAGCUGGAGAAUGCCCUGGGAUACACUGUACACGAUUCGCGAGUUCAACAUUUGUUACAAUCGACCUACGGGGCUCUGACGAACUCCAGCCAUAGUCCAAACAUCCACCUGGCGUGUGGCCUCUUCGUGGAAUCCGGCAUCCAGCUCUCUCCCAAAUUUUCGGAGGACACGGCCAUCUGGGUAAACGGGAGCUUGCAGCGGGUGAACUUCGGCAACCCCAAUGAAACGACCACGCUGAUAAACAAGUGGGUUGGCACCAGGAGUCGAGGUAACCAGCACUAUGCGUUUUACGAAAAACUGGGUGUUGUGGGAAGUGAAAUACAAAAUGUAAUAUCUCAGCCAAUAGAAGAUUCAUCGCCAGCGCAGAUUGCUGUUAUCAGCACUAUGCACUUCAAAAGCAAGUGGCAGAAUCCCUUUUCACUCUCAGAGACGCAGCAUUUCAAAUUUACCAAAGCAGACGGAUCUGUCAUUAAAGUACCAAUGAUGUAUCAAGUAUCAGAAGUAAAUUAUGGCCAGAUCAAGACCGGAGGUAAUCAGAGAUUUAUUAUAGUUGAACUCAGCUAUCUGGAGCACACAGUAAGCAUGUUUAUCAUCAUUCCCAGUGAAAGAAAACAAGGCCUCUCUUAUGUAGAGCCACACAUCACAGCUCAAACUCUUUCAACGUGGGCAAAAAGUAUGAGAAGAAUGAAAAUGGAAGUUUUCUUACCCAGGUUUAAAGUGCAAAGUAAAUUCAACCUCAAGACGGUGCUAUCAACUUUGGGUAUCACUGAUCUUUUCAGUCCUACUAAAGCAGACUUCAGAGGAAUUUCUGAGCAUGAAAAACUAUUUGUUUCUGAAGCUAUUCAUGAAGCAAGAAUAGAAGUAACAGAAGAUGGCACUGAAGCUGCAGCUGCGACAGCCAUGUUUCUAAUGAAAAGAUCCCGGGCACUUGUAUUUAAGGCUGACAGGCCAUUUUUCUUUCUACUGCGCCAUCUCAACACAGGAACAAUAGUUUUCAUGGGUCGUGUGAUGGAUCCGCUUGAAUAAAAACAUUACAAAAGGUUAUCGGGGACAGUCUCUUCAAUGAAUCACUAAACCAAGGCACUGUCCGCUCUCUCAGGUGGAUGCAAAAGAUUUCAUGGCACUAUUUUGAAGUCUAGCCGAGAAAGUAUCUCCAGAGUUCUGACCACCAUCCAUCCCUUCACCAGUAUCGCUAAAAUAAACCAUUCCAUCUGCUGUUUGUCGGAACCCGGCAUGCAAGUUGCAGUGCAUCUGACAUUGGACUAUAAAGUAGAUAACCGGCUUGAAAUAACUGUGGGAUGUCCUGAAAGGUGUUAUAAAAUUGAUACCUCUGUAGAAUUUUAAGGUAUGAAUUAAGCAAUAAGUACUUUGCACAUUCCAGGAAAUAUUAUGAUGUUGAAAUACCUACUUACUUUGUCAAUUUAAAGACAGGCAUCUGGUCGAGAUAUUACAUACCAUACAUAUCACUUGAUAUAUAAACUCAGUGAAAGUGUUGUAUAGUUUAAUGCUAAAAGUAUCAAACAUCUCUGUGCAGCAUAACAUUUUCUUGCUUCUUGUUGAGUCAAAGCACUAUUCACACACAAGUAGCAAAUAUGCCUUAAAUAAUUC